AUGUUUCGCGUACUUGUUGCCACAGGCAGAUCAGCGCAACGAAGAUCUCCAGCACCUCUGCUUUACAUUCGACAAAUCCCUUCAACCAUCACAACACGGCAACAGAGCUCAACAGCUGCGAAGCCAGCCGAAACACCGAUUAGAACACCGAUACCUUUAUCUAGUGCAAUACCUGCAGGCUCUCCACCAUCUCCCUCGCCGUCCUCAGGCCCCGACGAUGCAGCCGAAUCAAAAAUCCAGGGGGAAACUCGACAAUCCCUCAACCACGAUGAUGGAGCAGCAGAGAAUAUCGCACGGUCCAUAGCUUCUAUACAGUCUACGUCACCGAAGUUUGCCGAGCCAAGUCACGAUGCGUCAGAAAUCGAUCCUGCGAAGCCAGUGAAACGUGGUCGAGGCUGUCCAGCGAAACCCAAAGAACCAAAUGGGCCUCCAAAGAAGAGAGGCCCCAAACCGAAACCGAAGAUUGAGGGACCUCCAAAGCCCAGACAGAAGCCAGGACCAAAACCAAAGCCGAAGGUUGAGGGGCCUCCAAAGCCUAGGGGGAAGCCGGGUCGCAAGCCAAGGAUUACAGAAUACCCUCCAGCUGAAGGCAAUGUGAUCACUCUUUUCGAGAGGAGAAACAAGACCAAGCAUGCAACCUUCACUUCGGGGAAUAUACGGGCAGAUUAUAUACCUUACCUUCAGUGGGCACGGGGUUAUGGUCAAGGGAGAUCGAUUGGGGAUAAUAGGAGAAUAAAUAUUGUCAGCGAGUCACUCUGUGAUGACGUAUUGAUGCGCCUUGAACCUUCUCUGUGGAAGCACAUUGGUUGCGACAUCAUCGAGGUGAACCCAGGCAUCGGCAUAUGGUCCGAAAAACUGCAUAAUGUCCUGAAACCUCGAACCCAUAUUAUUUUCGAGGCCGAUCAUCGGUUAUACCAGCCUAUACUUCAGCCUCUGCUCGAUGCACCUGGAUCAACAUUCAAAUUAAUCCCAAAAUCUGGUCUUGUUUGGGGGCAUAUGGAGAAAGUACUUUCAAACGAAUAUCUGCCACACCAAGAACCUCUCGUUCGGGGUGACUCUCGCCUAGAAAAGCCAAAUGAUACUCUUCUGUUCGUAGCAAAUCUUGGACAUUACCCAAAGAGAAGUUUUAAAGGUUUCUCAUCUAUGGCGAACCUGGUACUUUACCAAUUUAUGAGUGCUCUCCGAACUCACUCCCUCUUCCAGCGAUAUGGGCAGGUUCGAAUGUUGAUCUGGGUUGACAAUGACGAAAAGGACACCAUUUUACCUCAGAGCAUAUCUUUUCGGAGAAAGGCGGCCAUUGAAGCCGAGAUCUCAUGUAAGAAAAUCCAGGUAGUAGCUGCCAGUACCACAAGGAACACUUAUCCAAGAGACCGAGAUCUAGAACUACAGAGCACCAGUUUGGCGUACGAGAAGAUGGAUAAAAUGGGCAUCCGUACUCCACAAGGCCGUGAGAGCAACUGUCUUGAAGAGUUGAUCUCUGGCGUGCCAAGCGACUUGCGAAAGAUUGGCAGCGUCGGCACCAGUGUUUCUUUUCUUGAAGAGCUGAGGGGAUUGGAAGCUCAGUACGCGGCAGGCAAGCUCGGAGAUUGGGAAUACAAAGAUGGAUCGGCCCAAAGGCCAAAAAUACGCGCGGAGGGUCCGGAACUCUCCCGCCUUAGAAAACUAAGGUAUCUGGAGAAGUUCCAGCAGCGAAAAUUUGAAAAGCGGGAAGGUAUCAAAACUGAGCUCGAUAAAAUCUUCGCACUCCAGCGGGAAGUUCACGCCACGAAACAGCCGGAGCAGCGGCAAGCUUUAGAGGAGGUGCUGAAGCACCGCACCGAUGCUUGGAAAAGGAGGUUGGGCGACCUAGACGAGGACUCUUUCGAGAACACUAUGGCUUACCUGGACAAUGGUCGAAUCUUCGAGACGAAACCUCAAAGUUUGAUGUGGGAUCGACGAGACUAUGAGCCCUUGAAAGUCCGUGCUGACGAAUUCCUCCCUAUGCGGGAAAUGUGUCUCUUGGAUAUCCAACCCAAGUCACUGUGGCCAAUCCUCCAAGAAAAUUUCCCAGACAAUUACGACGCCUUUGAGUACAUCCUCAGCCAACUGCUCAUUAUCCCGACUCAGAAUAUCCGCAGGGGACUCUCGGCACUUGCUCCUGGAGCUUACGAUUAUCUGAUUGCUGAAUGUCCUUCUUUGACGGAUCCUACCAAGGGUGGUAGCUUGGACGUUGAGCUUACAAACGUGCGAUGCUUAACGGACGAAAUGUUGAAGGAGAUCAUUGAGGCGUGGGUGAGGUGGCCGUUCAAGCCCAAUAGGUUUGAAAUUAUGGGCAAGCUAGGGUCGACCACUUGGGACCCAGACGCCUCAGCGACUGAUCAGUCCGAUGAUUGA